ACGUUGGCAAUGGUAAGACAGAGAUGCCGGGCAGCUUUUAUCAGUAGUUCUCAGAUUAUUUCGUAAUUUACAGUAAACAUCGUGGUUGUAGUGUAUCAGGAACAAUCCCUUAGGAAGCUGUUGGCACACUGGCUCGGGUUGGUGAGCCGCAGGAUGCCAGGGUGAGCCGCGAAACAGUAAAGAAAGACAUGAGGGGCGCGCCUGCCCGGCAAGGUCUGAGCAGCCCGACCCCUCAGCUUCGGUCGAUUUGGCGAGUGGAAAAAGUGUUCAGGCAGGCGGUCCAUGGGCAGCCUGCCUGACGUGGCUCUCACCACUGAAUACCGCCAGUUUGGGCGCCACCAUCCACCCAGGAGCACAAGGAGUACCAGCCUCACCAACCACACCAUGACUCAAGAAUUUAGCUAUUUUGCCCCCGGCCCGGCCAAGAUUCCAGAGGAGGUGCUCCGCAGGCUGCAGGAGGAGCUGCUAUGCCACAAAGACACCCACAUCAGCGUCCUCGAAGUGUCCCAUCGCUCCAAGGACUUCGGGGAGAUCAUUCAGGCCACGGAGAAGACUGUUAGGGAACUUCUGAAUGUCCCCUCCAACUACCGGGUGGUGUUCAUGCAGGGCGGCGGGACGGGCCAAUUCGCCGCGGUGCCCCUCAACCUCAUGGCCAGGACGGGCAAGGCGGACUACUUCGUGACGGGGUCGUGGUCGGCCAAGGCAGCCAAGGAAGCGGCGAAGUACGGCCAGGUGACCGAGGUGGUGCCGCGUGGCGAGCGCUACACCGGGGUGCCACCCACCUCCACCUGGACCCUCGACCCGCAGGCCUCUUACGUCUAUUACUGCGCCAACGAGACAGUCGAGGGGGUUGAGUUCCAGAGCGUGCCCGAGGUGCCUGAGGGCGUGCCUUUGGUGUGCGACAUGUCUUCCAACUUCUUCACGCGACCUGUUGACGUGUCCAAGUUCGGUGUGAUUUACGGAGGGGCGCAGAAGAACAUCGGGUGUGCGGGAGUGACUCUGGUGAUCAUCCGGGAAGACCUUCUAGGCAACCCACUCCCUAUCUGUCCUGUUGUCUUCGAUUACACCAUCAUGGACAAAAACAAAUCACUGUACAACACCCCACCAACUUUUCCCAUUCACGUGAUGGGGGAGGUGCUGGGCUGGGUGAGGAAAGAGGGCGGCGUGCAGGAGAUGGAGAGGAGGUGCCUGGAGAAGAGCAGCAUGAUCUACUCCAUCGUGGACACCUCCGGCGGCUUCUACAGCACCGUUGUGGAGCCAGGGAGCAGAUCUCGUGUCAACGUGGUGUUCAGGGUGGGAGGGGCGGGAGGCGACGAGCAGCUAGAGAAGACCUUCGUGGAUGAAGCUGCAAAAAUAGGGCUGCUCUCCCUUAAAGGACACAGGUCUGUGGGCGGUGUGCGGGCGUCCCUGUACAACGCCCUCACCGUGAAGGACGCCAGGAGACUUGCAAACUUUAUGGUGAGCUUCAAGGAGCAGCAUGGAGCCUAGAGGGAGGGAAGGACCGGAUGAGAUGGCGUCACUCUGGAAGGACUAGAAAGGAAGGUGUCAAUUUGCCACCAUCAGCCCUCUUGCUUAUGUGUCUUUUUUUUUUCUGUGUUUUUUUUUUUUUUUUUUUAUUGACUUUUGCACCGAUGCUUGGAAGGAAGAUAUGUGUAUAUAUUUAGAUUUCAUUAUUACUGUUACUUAUCCCAUGGCUCUCUCUCUUUACUAUUAAUUAAAUUGUUCGUGCCAUAGUA